GGCUGACAAUUCCUUCAAUGAGGGCCGAUUAUGCACACGUGUAGGGGUGGUAGAUCAAUGACUGCGAGAAGGGGAUUUAUGUGCUUUGAAACGCAUUUGUUACGCUGACGCCCAUCAAAUAGUCGCUGUUUUGGGUAUGGCUUCUCCUACUACGAUGAGUGCCAUACCGGGAAAUUUCACUACCAGGCGUUUUGUUGGAUCUGAUCCGAUGCGUGGACUGAAGUGACCUCUGCCCUCAUCCCUUUGGCGAUAAGCCCCUCGCUCUAGAUCCCAGACUGGAAUGCCACGAGCUUCACGUCCUGAAGAUGCCACUCUGCUACUUUCACUCUACCGUUCCGACUGCAACAUCAUGCUACAAUGACUGCUGCUAAUCCGAAGACUGUCGGUCUUUGUAUCUUUCUGUUCUUAGCCUCAUCGCUCGUCACUCUCUCCUUGAAAUCCACUCACCACAACCACCGCUGGCUUCCUCCUCGACCCAAAGGCGCGGCACCAUAUUCGCAGCAAGUCGUCCUCCAAACGCACAAAGUCGCCUACGCAACCUUCCUCGCCGGCAGCACAAGUGGCGAUCGUCGAGAAACAGACGAGGAAUCAGCAGCAAUAGACGACGCAGAUGAUGGCUACUACCUAGGCGCUCGUGUCCUUGCCUACCAACUCCUCCACUCCAAAUCCGCCGGAACAAACAACAGCAUUCCCUUCCUCGUAGUCUGCACGCGCGACGUCUCCAAACGCAAACGCGACCGCCUCAAAAAAGACGGCGCAACAAUCGUCCUCGUAGAAAAGCUCAAAAAAGACUGGGUCCAAGCCGCCGACCCUCGCUGGGCCGACGUCCUCUCCAAACUCCGCCUCUUCCAACUCACCGACUACGACAAAAUUCUCUUCAUCGACGCCGAUACCCUCGUCACCGCACCGCUCGAUGGCGUCUUCUUCGACGAAUCGACUCUCACCCAAGGCACCAAAGCCCUCCCUCAAGCCAUAAAAGAAGAUGAAGCCGAACUUCCUCGCACUUACAUGUUCGCCACACACAGCGAUUUCUGGGGCUACGAUCACCCAUACCCUCCACCCACCGAUCUCAGCUAUCUCAACUGCGGCUUCUUCAUUUUCACGCCAUCUCUCAAGCUCUUUGACUACUACAUGAGUCUCCUACAACUCCAGGGCCGUUUCGAUCCGAGCUUUCCAGAGCAGAAUUUACUCAAUUAUGCGCAUCGACAAGAUGGAAAUAUGCCGUGGAAGCCGUUGUGGUAUGGCUGGAAUGUUAAUUGGCCGACGGCGAAUGAUUGGAGAGGUGGGGCGAGGAGUUUUCAUGCCAAGUAUUGGGAUGGUGAUCCGAGUCAUGAUCCGAUUUUGAAGGCGAUUUGGAAGGAGCAGAGGGCGGAGAUGCAAGGGUUUUAUCGAGGGAGGGAUGGGGAGGCGGCGAGUCUGGGAGGGUAGGCUGGUAGAUCAUGGGUAUCGUCGUUUGCCGUGCUUCUUUUGCUUGACAGGGUUUGCAGAGACUGG